CAGAGUAACCCAGUAGCCCGUAGCCCAAACCAGUCUGCCAAGAGCAGCCUGAGAGCUGCUCUAGCCUGGCAGUCUGUUCCCUCAGGGAAUAGAAGCUGCCUCUUUGAUAGGGGGGUUGUGGUCAGGGAGUGGGCCUUUAGGGUCUUGGGCUGUCACAGGGAAAGCAGAAAGCCAUGCAGAGCCUUGGGCCAUGAAGGACUACUCCGAUGUCAUCCUCUGCGUGGAGGCAACAGAACUGAGCAAGGUAAGGGCCACAAGGAACCACUCUCCCAAGACCCAGCAGCCCCAGUGGACACAGCUCAGCCCUCAAGUCUCACCCUUCCAGACUGAGUUCUGCAAUCCUGCUUUUGAGCCUGAGUCGGGGCCACCUUGCCCUCCACUGGCCUUCCAGGAAGAUACCAGCUGCAGCAUCCGAGCUCCCUGGCAUGAUCGGCGUCCCCGAGGGCUGCAGCCAGACUGCCGCUUCUCCUGGCUCUGCAUCCUCCUGCUCACCAGCCUGCUGCUCCUGCUCCUUGGGCUGCUAGUGGCUGUCAUCCUGGCCCAGUUGCAGGCUGCACCCCAAACCAGGGCUUCCUAUAGCCCAUUGCCUGCCCAGGGCCCCACCACCAGCACUACCACCUCCCGGGCAACUGGGACUCCUAAAAAGCAGCAGGAGGCAGGCAUGAGCCCCACAGUCCAGUCCACCUGUGGGGGCCUCCUCUUUGGCCCAAGGGGCUUCUUCAGCAGCCCCAACUACCCAGACCCUUACCCCACCAAUGCCCACUGCGUGUGGCAUAUCCAGGUGGCCACAGACCAUGCAAUCCAGCUCAAGAUCGAGGCCCUCAGCAUGGAGAGUGUGGCCUCCUGUCUUUUUGAUCGCUUGGAAAUCUCCCCUGAGCCUGAAGGUCCCCUUCUCAGGGUAUGUGGGAGGGUACCUCCCCCCACGCUCAACACCAAUGCCAGCCGCCUCCGGGUGGCCUUCGUCUCCGACAGCAGCGUGGAAGGAUUUGGUUUCCAUGCCUGGUACCAGGCAGUAGCCCCUGGACAUGGUAGCUGUGCCCAUGAUGAGUUCCCUUGCGACCAGCUUGUCUGCCUUCUACCUGACUCGGUAUGCGAUGGUUUUGCCAACUGUGCUGAUGGGACCGACGAGACCAAUUGCAGUGCCAAGUCCGCAGGGUGUGGAGGAAACCUGACUGGGGUUCAGGGCACUUUCUCUACUCCCAACUACCUGCAGCAAUAUCCUCACCAACAGCUUUGCACCUGGCACAUCUCAGUGCCUGCUGGAUACGGCCUAGAACUACAAUUCCACAACUUCAGCCUGGAAGCUCAGGACGAGUGCAAGUUUGACUAUGUGGAGGUGUAUGAGAUAAGUGGCUCCGGGGCCUUCAGCCUCCUGGGCAGGUUCUGUGGAGCAGAGCCACCCCCGGCCCUCAUCUCCUCACACCACGAACUGGCUGUGCUCUUCAGGACAGAUCAUGGCUUCGGCAGCAGAGGCUUCUCAGCCACCUACUGGGCCUUCAAUGCCACAGAGAACCCCUGUGGGCCCAGAGAGUUCUCCUGCCAGGAUGGAGGGUGUAAGGCUCUGAGGUGGAUGUGUGACUUGUGGAGAGACUGCCCAGACAGCAGCAAUAACAACUGCAGCAGCCCCCUGUUCCCACCCCCAGAACUGGCCUGUGAGCCUGUCCAGGUAGAGAUGUGCAUCGGUCUGAGCUACAACACCACAGCCUUCCCUAACAUCUGGGUGGGCAUGGCCACCCAGGAGGAGGUGGUAGAGGUCCUCAGCGGUUACAAGGUACUCUGGGCAGGGAUAAGGAGAGCGGCUCCAGGACCGGGAGGGAGCCUGGGGAGCAAGGUACCCAAGGGCUGGUCUCCUCCUUCCACAGAGCCUGACAAGUCUGCCCUGCUACCAGAAUUUCCGGAGGCUCCUUUGUGGGCUGCUUGUGCCCCACUGCACCCCACUAGGCAGUGUCCUUCCCCCUUGCCGCUCUGUCUGCCAGGAGGCAGAGCACCAGUGCCAGUCUGGCCUGGCACUACUGGGCACCCCCUGGCCCUUCAACUGCAACAGGCUUCCUGAGGCAGCUGGCCUGGAGGCUUGUGCCCAGCCCUGACCCUGGAGCUGGCCCCUGCCCUCUGUCCCUCUGCCUGCCCACCCUCCUUUACAAAUGAGAGCGGGCAGGCAGGGGAGCAAAGGAGACCUGCAGACACUCUGCCCAUCCUCUCUGAGGCCUCCCAGGGAGAGGGAGGAAGAGUCGUCCAAGGGGCUAAUGAGACUCCCCCUACCCCCUCCCUGCUCCUUCCUUGGUCCCUAUUGCCCCAUGCUGCUCAGGGCAAGGGUAUGCCCCACACUGCUACUGAACAAUCUAGAUUGCUUCCCCUCCAGGUCUCUCACCCAGAUUUCCCAUCUCCCUUACCCCUUUCCAAAUGCUUUUUCAAAUUCUCUAUCACCUGCCUUCUGACUUUUUCAUUUAGGCAACAAAAAUGUAGUUAGUGCCUACUAAUGCGGCCAGCCCUGUUCUAGACCGAGCUUGGGGGCAUGGAGCAGUCCCCGGAAGGCCCGGUGGCCCCCACAGGUCCCGCUCCAGCUGGCUAUCUGCCUCUAGAACUCUCCACCCCAAGUUCUCUGCUUGCAUUUCUUCCUGGAAGAGGGUCUGGUCUUGGUCUCUGCCGCUGCACCACUUUUCCAGCUCCUGGGAGCAGG